AUGGCUGCCCGUGGAGUGUUCUCCCGUGCCUCUCGCAAAGUUCAAGAACAUCUCAAAUCGGAGUUACAAGGCAUUAAAGAAGCUGGCACCUUCAAGAAUGAGCGAGUUAUUGUCGGGCGUCAGGGUGUUGAAGUUCGCUUGGAGGGACUGCAAGGAACCUACUUGAACUUCUGUGCCAACAACUAUCUUGGCCUGAGCAGUCAUCCAGAGGUAAUAAAAGCUGGACAAGAAGCUUUGAAAACCCAUGGAGCGGGCUUAUCAUCGGUUAGGUUUAUUUGUGGAACGCAGGAUAUUCACAAACAGCUUGAGGCAAAAAUCGCCAAAUUUCAUGGAACUGAGGAUGCUAUUUUGUACGCUGCCUGUUUUGACGCUAACGCUGGCGUUUUUGAAGUUUUGACGGGACCCGAGGAUGCAAUCAUCUCCGACACCCUCAAUCAUGCUUCAAUCAUCGAUGGAAUUCGACUUGCGAAGUCCAAGCGUUUGCGUUACGAACAUCUUUCUAUGGCUGAUCUUGAGCAAAAGCUGAAGGAUACACAAGAUUCGCGUCAUCGAAUUGUUGUAACUGAUGGAGUCUUUUCAAUGGAUGGAGAUGUAGCCCCGCUUAAAGAGAUUUGCGAUUUGGCCGAAAAAUACAAUGCAAUAACGUUUGUGGAUGAAUGCCAUGCAACAGGGUUCUUUGGCAAAACCGGUCGCGGAACACAAGAAGCAUUAGGCAUUAACAACAAGGUGGAUAUUAUCAAUUCAACUCUGGGAAAGGCACUUGGCGGCGCAAUGGGUGGAUAUACGACUGGGCCGAAACCGCUGAUCGAUUUGUUGAGGCAAAGAUCCAGGCCUUAUCUCUUCUCAAACUCACUUGCACCAAGCAUUGUCGGCUCUUCAAUCAAGGUGUUUGAUAUGCUCAUGUCGGACAGUUCAUUCACCGCGUCUCUCGCUUCAAAUAUUUCCCGCUUCCGAAGUGGAAUGAAACAACUUGGAUUCCGUGUGCUGGGAAAUGACGCGCAUCCAAUUGCUCCUGUUCUUCUUGGAGAUGCCCGUGUAGCCUCGACAAUGGCCGACGAAAUGCUUAAAGAAGGAAUCUACGUAAUCGGAUUUUCUUAUCCGGUUGUCCCAAAAGGACAAGCGCGAAUUCGAGUUCAGCUCUCGGCAGCCCACUCCCAUGAACAAAUCGAUCGUUGCCUUGGAGCUUUCGAGAAAAUUGGAAAAAAGCUAAAAAUCAUU